AUGCACUGGUUGGCAGUAUUAGACAGCGCUGCAGAGCAGUUUGAUGGUGGUCAUCAGAGCUUUCCUCUAGCCAGCGAAGCUGAUUUCGUUCGCAACUACGCGUACAAGCCGCCGAAUGAGGACUACAAGAAGCUCUUCUUCUGCCAGGCGAGCAUCUCACGCUCGCAGCGCAACAGAGAUGCUACCCCACACAGCGCAGGGUGGCUGAUCCCCAACCCUGACGAUGCUAGCGUCUGCAAGCCCGUCUUCGUUGCCCACUCUGUCUUGUCAGCGAUCUGGCUGCUGCGAGAGACGCUCGCCGACGACGCUCUAUCCAACGAUGCCUGGCAUCAUCUUGUCUGCGCGGCUGAGUCGCUUGCGGAGGACAGGAUGGAAGAGCCGCCGUCUGCGCAGAAGCCUUUUGCUUCCCCUUCACAACAGGCCUCCGCUCCACCCCCGCAACAAAAGAAGCGGCCACCCCUACCUGCGCUGGCCCCUACACUAAAGCGCGCUCGAACAACCACCAACAAGACGCAUCUAGCCAGCCCUUAG